CGCGCUUGUUCCGGUGUGUCGGGCUCGGCUCUAUCUGCGAUUUUAUUUGGGGCUUUUCGUUGGAUUUGACGCCGCAGCUGUAGAUAUUUUAUGGCUUUAUCUUUGACAGUACCAUAAGAAUGCUCCACACUGACUGUACUUUUAUCUCCUCCGUGGAAUAACCUCCUGCGGCUCCUCUGUACUCAAACAAUGCAGGCCUAGCUUCGCGUUAGCUCCACGGCUAACAGCAGCUAACAGAGGCUAAUCACGUAGCGCUGGGGAUUUAAACCUCGGACUGGCUUGUUUUUCUUCACUGUAUUAACGCCAAUUCCGAGAUGAGCGCCCAGCUGCAGGCCUUUUCUCCGCCCUCACUCUCGUCCAGUGCAUUCUGUCGAGUGAAGAAGCUGAAGGUGGAGAGCGCCGCAUGGGACGUCUCCAGCAGCGACGCCUACGGCUCCUACCCCUUCACCUCCGGAGCUGCGGCCGCCAUGGCGGUGCCCGCUUUUGCCCCAUCGCUGGCAUUUGCUUCCAGCGCCGCCGGGUCCAGGGGUCAGGUAGUCAUCCGGGCGGCAGACAGCACCGGCAGUCUGCCUCGAGGGUCGAGUAGAAGAGUGACAGAUUACAGCCAUGUGGAGUCCACGUCAGAUGCACGCACGCACAGAGGUCAUAAACGUAAACUGGACGAGUCUCAGGAUGCAGGGGGCAGUGGAUGCGGCAGCGUCCAGAUCCUGGAGGAGCUAUCAGCCCCUGCGGCUGCCUUCUCCUCUCGAGCCCUUAAUGGAGGCACCACCACGGGCCAGUCCAUCCCCCAUUCCGCCCCCACCACCAAGAGCUCCAGCUCCAGCGGAGAGGGGGACUACCAGCUGGUACAGCACGAGAUCCUGUGCUCCGUCUCCUCCUCCUACGAAGUGCUGGAGUUUUUGGGCAGAGGAACGUUCGGGCAGGUGGCCAAAUGCUGGAAGAGGGGAACCAAUGAGAUCGUAGCCAUUAAGAUCCUAAAGAACCACCCGUCGUACGCGCGCCAGGGACAGAUCGAGGUGGGCAUUUUAAAUCGCCUGAGUGCAGAGAACGCGGACGAGUACAACUUUGUGCGUUCAUACGAGUGUUUCCAGCACAAAGGUCACACCUGCCUCGUGUUCGAGAUGCUGGAGCAGAACCUCUACGACUUCCUCAAACACAGCAAGUUUAGUCCUCUGCCCCUACGCCACAUCAGGCCCAUUCUCCAGCAGGUGGCCACAGCGCUGAUGAAGUUAAAGAGUCUUGGUUUGAUUCAUGCAGACUUAAAACCAGAGAACAUUAUGCUUGUUGACCCUCUGAGGCAGCCGUAUCGAGUGAAGGUCAUCGACUUCGGCUCAGCAAGUCACGUGUCCAAAGCCGUGUGCUCCACCUAUCUGCAGUCGCGUUACUACAGAGCUCCAGAGAUCAUCCUGGGGCUUCCGUUCUGUGAGGCCAUAGACAUGUGGUCUCUGGGCUGUGUCAUAGCGGAGCUGUUCUUAGGCUGGCCGCUGUAUCCGGGCGCCUCUGAGUAUGACCAGAUCCGGUACAUCUCUCAGACACAGGGCCUUCCUGCAGAGUACCUCCUGAGCGCUGGCACCAAAACCAGCCGCUUCUUCAACAGAGGCUCUGACUCCAGCUACCCCCUGUGGAGGCUAAAGACUCCAGCUGAGCAUGAGAUGGAGAUGGGCAUCAAGUCCAAAGAAGCCAGAAAAUACAUUUUCAACUGCCUGGACGACAUGAUGCAGGUGAAUCUGUCGUCUCACCUGGAGGGCACGGACAUGCUGGCGGAGAAGGCCGACAGGAGAGAGUUCAUCGAUCUGCUCAAGAGGAUGCUCCGACUGGACGCCGACAAAAGAAUCACUCCCACCAAGACCCUGGGCCACCCCUUUGUUACCAUGAGCCAUCUGAUGGACUACCCCCACAGCUCGCAUGUGAAGUCGUGCUUCCAGAACAUGGAGAUCUGUAAAAGAAGAACCUCCUACGACACCAGUAAAUCCCUGUUCUCCACUAAUGUGCCCAGUGCUGCAGCGGGAAACCUCACAGUGACCUUCAGCAGCCAGCUCAACCAGCACAACCAGGUGCCUUCAGCAGGGGGCGCUGUGCCUUUGUUGAACUACCAGCCAGCUCUGUACCAACAGGCCACUAUAAACAUCCCAGGACUGCAACAAAGUGUGCCCCUUCCCUCAAGAGGCAGCGCCCUCUGCAGCCAAUCAGAGCCCUUCCAGCAGACACUCAUCGUGUGCCCCCCCUCCUCUAUACAAGGGCUCCAGACGUCUUCCAAAAGCUCGAGUUUCCCCGUGAGAAUGGAGAGCUCUGUUCCUCUGGUCCCUCCAAACCCAUCUGCCCAGUCCCUGCAGCUCCAGCCGGGCAUGCUCACCCAGGGCUCCUGUACUCCUCUGAUGGUAGCCACCCUCCACCCCCCCUCUGCAGGCCUGGGCCCCCAGUACUCUCUGCCUCUGGGGCGCCCCCUCCUGGAGCACACAGCCACAGUGCUGCAGACCUGGCCCUCGGGGGCCCAGCAGAUACUGAUCCCCUCCACGUGGCAGCAGAUCUCUGGGAUGGCUCUGCACUCUCAUCAGAGUGGCCUCAACCAGGACCACUCCCCUCUGCACCAGGAGGGGGCAGCACAGACCCACAGCUGGAGAAGCUCGGCUCAGACCAAGACUCAGGAGAGAAAGAAAAUGAAGGCCAGACGAGGAGAGAACAGGAACAGGGGUCUGGUGGCCGCCUCCCUCCUCAGCUCCAGUGUGGUUAGCCCCACCUCCUCUGCUCUGUCUCAGCCAAUCAUCAUCUCGGACACGCCCAGCCCCGCUGUAAGCAUCAUCACCAUCCACAGCGACACCGACACCGAGGAUGAGAGGAAGUUCCAUCCCGCCAGUGUGGGUUUGAGCCAGAGAGCCAACGUCAUCAGCUGCGUGACGGUCCAUGACUCGGACUCCUCCAAUGCCAGCCCUCUCACCCCCCUCCCUCGCUCUUCCCUCCCCUCCCUCCCUCGCUCUGCUCUUCCCUCUCUCCCUCGCUCUGCCCUUCCCUCCCUCCCUCGCUCCGCCCUUCCUUCCCUCCCCCGCCCCGCCCUCCCCUCCCUCCCUCGCUCCGCCCUCCCCUCUCUCCCUCUCUCCUCCCGACACCAUAAAGGUCUGGCUGUGCUGACGUCUGCAGUGAAGACCCAGAGCACAGAGACGGCAGUGACCCGCCCCAGACUGGACACUGGAAACAUAAGGACGAAGCGCUCGAGUCGUCAGCCCUGCGGCGGAGAGUCUGAAAGACACAGAGUGCCGCCCAGCCAAUCACAUCCUCUCAACCUCAGCCAGGCUCAGUCUGUGGUCUCCUCGUCCCAGGACCCCUCCUCACUCUCUGAUCCGUCUCUCCUUCGCUCCUUCCCUUCUUCUCACUUCUCUUUCUCCGACGUCUCCGCUCUGACCUCCAGCAGCUCAGGGGCCUCCCUCUACUCCUACCCUGCCUCCAGUGCCCUGUCUUCGGCCACGCAAGCGCUGGACCACCUGCUUACCUCGGGCACUGCGGGCACCGCCCCCACCUCCCGGAGAGACUCUACCCAGAGAAAGGAGUCCGUGGGUGGGCUGCUGCAUCCCUCUCUGCCCUCUUACCAGCACCAGUUCGCCUCUGGAUCCUCAUACAUGAGCUCCGAAGCCUACACAGCCUACCAGCUAAGCCCCAGACGCAUAUCGCAAUACCCCUACCUAUAAAAAACACAUCCACACCUUUUAAAAUGACUUCAAAAUGGAACCUGGAUUUUUGGUCUGUUUUUUAGGACUAAUUAGUCAAAAGAUUUAAAUCAAAUGAAAUGAGAAAAAUACCUUAAAGUUCCACAUGACUCUGAUCUAUGUCCUAAUGUUUCCUCAUCUCAAACAGACCUAGAGUUGUUUGUUGCAUUCACACAUGUUUAACACAAACCCUGCUUAUUUAGGUCGAGUUCUUCUCUUAAACUGAAAGCACUCUGUUCCAGCUUGUAAUGUCAUCAUGUGGUGAUACAGGAAGUAUCCAUACACAUUCAAUAGAGAUUGGCUGUUCCAGGGCUGAAAUUAUCAAAAUGAUUCAACUGAACUGAAGGUAAACGGAGCUGUUCACUUAAACUACCACUUCAUGACAUCACAUGGUGAAAGAGCAUUUUGAGCUUUGGAGAUGUAGAGAGACCAGUGUGGUUUUGAGGAGAACAUUAGAACAUGGACCUCACUUGUGUAAAACAGAACCUUUAAAACCGUCUAAAAAGUAACAAGUAUUAAAUGGUUAAAAUCCCUAUGAAUAAUUCUGUUCGAAGUCAUUUUAAAGGGUCGCUGUGUUCUGACUGUUCCAGCAGAGGGUGGUAGUGCUGUGUUCUGACUGUUCCAGUGGGGUAAGUUCUGUGUUCUGGCUGUUCCAGCAGGGGGCGUUAGUGUUAUCGUUCCAUUACUUUCUUCAUAUCUUUCUUGUAAACCGUGUUUUAUUCUGAUGUACAUUUGUCAUUUUAAGGUGUUUUAAAUCUGUCAUUUUAAUUUUGUGUGAAGAGAGAAUCCUCCUGUCACCAUGGAAACAUGAAGCCUUUCUGGAACUUUCCCCGCCCAUUUUUACUCAAGUGAAUCUGCUUUUUAUCAAAGCAACUUUUUACAAAAACAUAUUUUAAAGUUUUAUGGUAGACUAAUAUGAAGAGAAGUGUUUGUCUCUGAGGCCAAAAACCUCAGGCUUUAGACAGCUCUUAAAGUCUCUUACAGGUCCUUAAAGGCUCUUAAAGUCACGUUUUUAACAAAGUCUCCACCUGAGUCUGAGACUGAGACUUUCUAAACAUCUGCCCUGAGGGACUCGGUGACUUUUGUUUUUAGAUGCAGGGGCCUAUUCUCUCUGUAGAUUAAGUUCUUUUCCCUGAAAUGUUCCACAUUCUUUACCGGUCUCCAUGGAAAUAAGCGAGUAACACCAAAUCAUGAUUUUCUAGCAAUGAGACGUGUUGGUGAAAACAAUCUCUUGGCACAAACUCGAGUUUAUAUAAGUUUAAGAUAUUUGACUUCACUUUUUAAAUCUGUGUUUGCUGCUUGAGUAGAAGUGGGCGUGUCUUUUUAAAGGCAUAUACAUCUUUAAAGCGUCACAUUAAAGGCAAACACAUCUUUACAGUGUCACUUUAAAGGCAUAUACAUUGUUAAAGCCUCACUUUAGUAAAGGGCUCUUUAAUCUAAGGACGUUCCUCGUUCUGUUCCUGUGUCCUGUUCUUAUUUAAAUGUUUUUGUUUAUUUUAGCGAAGGUUCUCGAGGAGCAGAGGACGACGUAAUGAAAAACUGUGAUGUUUUAAAAUGCACCGAUGUUUAAUGUUAGAUUAAUAAUAGAUCAUGUCUGAAACUCUAAAAAACUCCACAGAAACUGUAAGACCGAUCUAUGAAACGGCAGGCUCUGGGCUUCAGACUGGCCACUCAUCAAGUACAGUGUAGUGUGUGUGUAUAUGUAGAAUAUGUAUACACAUACACACACAUCUGCAGAGACUGGAUCAUGUUUAGAGGAGUUUAGUAGAGCUUUUAUUCCUCUUAUUAAAUACGAAGAUAAAGUUCCACAUGUUUCUGUCCUAAUGUGUCCUUGUCACGGACCUGAAUUUGUGUUUGUUUUACAUGUUUAACACACAAACCCUGGAGUUGUGGUUUGGUUCACAUGUUUAACACAAUCUCUGCAGAUUUAGGCUGAGUUCUUCUCCCAAACUGAAAACGCUUUUCCUAUAUUACCAUUUUAUCACAAGGUGGAACAGAGCAUUUUGAGCUUUGGAGGUGUGUUUUUGAGGAGUAGCAUUAGAAUAUGGAGCUCACAGGGAUCAGUCUGUGAUACAGGACCUUAUGUAACUUUUCUGGUCUGCCCCCUGCUGUCUCCAUGGAGAUGUUAUUUCCCUGUCUGGAAUUUCCGCAGUGUAGCAUUAAACAGAUGAGCUUCACAUUUAUUCACUUACAGUGCUUUGUUCAAAAACACAGGUGGACUUGCCUAUCGACAGAUCUGACCUGUAACUCGGUCUGGAGGCUCCACUUAUUUGUCACCAUAGAUAAGUUUAAUCCCAAUGAUGCCAUACUGCAGAACAUUCUAGGCAAAGUAAUGGCGCCGGUCAGGCGUCCCGGGGACUGGUGAGUCCAGGACGGCUGUACUUGACACUGAGGCCAGUCUGACUCUCAGCGUGACUCUGUAUCUGUGAAUCUCUGACCUUUCUAAUGACCCUGGCCAGUCGAUUUCAUGUUUUCAAAAAUGUCAUUUUUGACAGUUUAAAGUUGUUCAGUGAAAAUUAAGGAGUUUUUCCCUUUUACGUUUUCAGAAUUUAAAUAAAUAGAAUUUAAAAGUUUGUCAAAGAGGCUGUUCAGUUAUAAGAUGAUGCCACCUUAAAGGGCUGGCGCAUGUGAUCUUAAAGGGCCGGCAUGCGACAUUAAAGGGCUAGCCCUGCAGUUCUGUUUCCUUUGUGUCUGAAGAUAAAGUUAUAGAUGGGAGAUAGCUGAUGUCUGAAGCCACCAUUCCAGUUCAAAGACACUAACCACUCAUUUGAAGAUGGUGAGGUUCAGAUCUGAGCCAGAGAAAAAUUGUUUGAGAGGGGAGUUAAAGAAGCAAUUUAAUUUAUUUAUAUUUUUUAGGAAAGGAAUGGGGGCCUCAGACAUCACCUGUCUCCCAUCUAUAACUCCAUCCUCAGACACAAAGCAAACAAAGGAAACAAAGAAUAGAGCUAGCCAGUAGGCCCAUGAAGCCUGAAACUGUAAACAAUACCCGUUUCCAGUUUCACUGUAGUUAGCGCCGCCCUUCAGACAGAUAUAAGGCAGUGUCCAGCAGUAAUCUGAUCCAAGUGGCUCGGAUGAGCAGCGAAAUGUCUUCACGCUGAAACUUUGUCCAGUGACAGAUUUAAUGUUUUUUUUUUUUAUUAUGGUAAUUUUCUUGUUGUGUUUUUGUUUUUUUAUGGUUAAACAGGUCCUACAGCUGUUCAGCCUAAAAACUUUUAAACUCUUAUUUAAUUAGUUUGGAAUUGUAAUCGGGAAAAAUAAUGAGAAGUGUGAAGCUGACUUAAUUCCAGAUAAACCCAUGUCUCCAUCCUGAAGAAGACAGGAGGCUUUUCAGUUUCAAAUGACUUUUUGGUGGAAGGUUUUGGGUUUGUUUCUGUUGAAUGUUUGAUUUUCUGUGGAAUGUCACUGUCUGGUCUCAAAGGCUCGUGCUUCAGGGAAACGAAACUGAAACUCUUUUCAAUAAAAAAAACUGCACACGU